AUGGGAAAUGUUAAUCCAAUUAUGAGGAAGAUGCGCUUUUCGGUUGAGUUACUGUCCGAGUUUUUACCCCGCAGUCCAAAUUUGCUAGGGCUGAACAUUGCGACUAAAUCGGAAAUCAAGAUACGGAUGCGGAAAAAAAAGGGAGGGGAGUUAUUUCACUUCAACGACAUCAUGGGGACGCUGCUGCACGAGCUAGCGCACAUAGUGCACAGCCGACAUGACAGAGCAUUUUAUGAACUCUUGGACAAACUAGUGUUAGAGUAUAAUAAAUUAUACACUUUUGGAAAAACAGGAAAUCAAAUCAGUGGGGGGAAAAAAACAGCAGGAAGUGAUUUCCGAAUAUGUAAUAGCAGCCCCAAAUUAAUGGCAGCACAGGCUGCUGAAAUGAGACUACUAAAUAAUUUUAUGAAGGAUGGGGAAAUAUUAAAUAUCUCCCUUGGAAGUUGCUUAACACCAGAACAGUAUGAUAAUUUAUUUAAAAAUCGAAGAGAACGUGAUGAUCAAAUUUGUUCCAUUUCGAAUGAUAUAAUUGUGAUGGAUUCGUCGAUGAAUUCGACGAACCGUGACCAUGGUGAAAAUGGGGAAACCUCACAGAACAGAAAAAAUGAUUUUAGACGGUCAAAUUCGUUGCAAGGAAGGAAUAAAAAUGUCUUCAUUUCGAAUUCGGAUUGUAUAAAGGAGGAGAAACAGCCACAUGCGCCUGCGCAAAAUGUGUGUAAGAAAUCAUUUGAGAUGCCAGAAGGUAAGCGAAAAAAGAGGCAAGCGGAAAGUGAACAGGGGAGUGAAGAAAAUGUUAUAACUUUACCCGGUAGCAUAGGAGCCACAUCUAAAAACAAUGGCAGCGACUGCGUGUACAUUUUAAAGGUCAAACGAGAUUGCAGCGGUGUGAAACAUCCUGAAAAUGAGAAUGGCUCGACCGUUUCGGAUAAUGUGGAUAUCAGGAAAGGCAAAAAGAGAAAAGUUAUUAUUCUCGAUUAG